ACGAUUAAGCAUAGCCUUUUUGUUGUACACCCCUCGUAUUUUCCAAUGUGACAUCCACAAUAAUCAUAACCCAACUUAUUCACAUUUAUACUUUUUAUGUUAUAAUUUUUAUAUAUACAAAAUGUUAAGGCCUUUUUUAAAAGUGUCUAAUGGUUCAAAACGAUUUUACAGUAAAAAAUGUAAGGCCCAAACGGAAAUAUUAAGUGAUAUGUUUGGAAUAACUAAGAAUAAUGCAACUUUAUACGCAAAAGCAAACGGCUUGGAUAAGAAAGAUCCAGAUAUUUUAAUUGAAUCCAUAAGAAUAUCCAGAAUGUUAGGUUAUGCCGAUAUGGAAAUUUUUAAUAAUCCUAGACUUUUAAGGACGCACCCUGUAGAAUUGCAUCAACACAGUAUGGUUUUAGAGGAGGGGGCGUUCAAUAAUAUUACACCUCAUGUGUUAAGUCGAGCCAGAACGUAUAUGGGUAAAUCAAUUAAAGAAUUAAAACUAGUUAAAUUAAUAAAAGAUGUUAAUGUACAAAAACAUUUUAUUGGUUUUAUAAACCCAUUGCCUAAGAAGUUUUUUGUGGAGGAAAUGGAUGAUAAUGUAUCCUGGAAAACAGUACAUUAUGUUAUAUUAAGGGAGUUUUUAAAACAAAAAUUAAACGCCUCUGAAGAUGACAUUGUAAAAUUAUUUAGGAUUCAUAAAAUGGUAAUAAAUAAAAGUUUUAGAGUGAUUCAAGAAAAUAUAAAAUUAGCAAAAGAAUUAGGUUUUACAGACAAAAAAAUCUUAAAAUAUGGCUACAUCUUACAUAAUUAUCCACAAUAUACAAAGACUAUUUUGGAUGACUUUUCUAAUUUAGCAGGGGCUGAUAUGAGGGAAUCCAUGAGAAAAUUUCCGAAAUUAUUUAUGACUUCGCCGAAAAAUAUGAUCAAAAUCUAUGGAGCUUUAAAAGGGCAUAAUAUUUCAGAUGAAACAAUACAAAAAAAUAUGAACAUAUUUCACCUGAGCCCGGAAACUGUUAAAUUUCGGUUAGGGGAAUUGAAAAAAGUUCCGGAAUUUAAAAUUUUACUGGACAACCCCAGAAUACUGCAACUAGUGGUUCAUCAAAAUAGGGCCAAGUCCAGAUUGUCGUUUUUAAAGCAACUACAAUUGAGGUGUACCAACUAUACAUUAUUAGGCAGCAAUUGUGAAUUUGACGACCACAUAAAAGAAGGUAAAGACAAAAAUGCCUCAAGAGAAACCCUAAAAUUCCUCAGCAAAAUAUUUAAAGUGAACAGUAGUAUUAUCAAAAAACGCUGGCAGUUACACCCUUUUAACUUGCAAGUGCCUUAUUUGGACAUGGAAAAAACUUUUCAGCACUUAAAAUCCUUGGAUUUUCAAACCAAAGACAUCUAUGAUUGCAUGCACAUUAUUUUAUACCCCAAAGAAAAAAUCAUCAAAGCCUUGGGAGACAUCAGAAACGAUAAAAACAUUAAUUGCGAUAAUUUAACCCCCGCUCAGAUCCUCAAUUUAAUUUUGUACUUUCUCGAAAGAGAGCACCAUUUUACGGGAAACGGCGUUUGGCAGAAGUACGAAACUGCGCCACCAGAUAAAGUACUAGAAUAAAAAAAAUGCAAAAAUAUUACAGUAAUUUUAUUUAAUUUGGGUUACAUCAUAGCUAAAACAAAAUAAGAUAACAAUAUUAAUUAGUGCACUUGAGAACGAAAGUAUUUUUGUUUUUAUUAAAAGUGGUUUGUUUAUAAAUGGUUAAAGAUUUAAUUUCAUAUCGAAAAUUAGGGCUGAUAUGCACAUAAUACAGGGUGUUAUGUAAUUAAUGUAAUAUAUUAAAAUACUGAAUACCUUUUGACAUAAGGUGUAACGGAAAAAUUAUUAAAUAAUAUUAGGAGUUUUUUAUAUUUUUUGUGAUACGCCACUGGUUACACACUUGUGUUCUGUGAGUAUAUAGAUACCAACCAACAAAGUAGCUGCGAGUUGCCGGUUGUAAAAAUUUGUUACUAAAAAUUUUUCUUGCAAAAAAUAAAUAAAAACUCAAUAAAUAAAAAAGUGUUUUGCCCUUAAAGCUCUAAUACCCUUCUGUAUUUAUUUACUCAUUUUAUUAGCUUAAGCAGUGAUUAGAAAAUUUAGUAACCAUUUUAAAAACUCCAUAACCACAAAAUAAUUUUUUUCAUCGGUUUUUUUCUUUCUGUUUACCCAGAUGAAAUUAGGACAAGUUCACAUGUUAAACUUUAAACAUUCAAUUUGUGUAAAUAAAUCCAAAAGCACUUCCCUUAGUUAAGAUAUUUACAAUUUGAGCACAUAACCUAAAUUUGAAAGAAAUGCACUGGAUUCUGUCAUAUAAGUUGCCAGAUUUUGUUUGAAUUUACCUUCAUUACAGAAAUGACACAAUCAACAAUUAAAAAAACGCCAAAUUAACAAUUUUCAUUGUUGAUUUUGUCAUUUUUGUAAUUAAACUUAAUUUAAACAAAAUCUGGCAACUUUUUUUGACAGAAUCUGGAAAAGCUGGUUGUUACCAACCACAACAUAAUAAAUUAAAUUAGGCAACCAGAUUAGCCUUAGUUUCUAGUCGACCAGUGGAUUACUUUUUGGUAGGAUAAAGGUUGUUAUAAAUUAUUUGUA